AGGGUCGCGUGUGAGGCUCGGCCUGUAGCCGGGAAGAUGUCGCGCUACGGGCGUUACGAGACCAAGGUGUACGUGGGGAACCUGGGCACGGGCGCGGGCAAAGGCGAGCUGGAGAGAGCCUUCAGCUACUACGGGCCCCUGAGAACCGUGUGGAUCGCGAGGAACCCGCCAGGGUUUGCCUUCGUGGAGUUUGAAGACCCGAGGGAUGCUGAAGAUGCUGUGCUCGGGCUCGAUGGGAAGAUAAUAUGUGGCUCCAGGGUUAGAGUGGAAGUGUCAACAGGGAUGCCUCGUCGCUCCCGUUACGACAGGCCUCCUGCACGGCGCCCCUUUGAUCCUAAUGACAGAUGCUAUGAGUGUGGUGAGAAAGGCCACUAUGCUUACGAUUGUCACCGCUAUAGUCGCCGAAGGAGGAGCAGGUCCCGGUCUAGAUCCCGUUCAAGGUCCCGAGGAAGAAGGUAUUCUCGGUCACGCAGUCGGAGUCGUGGUAGGAGAUCAAGGUCGGCUUCCUACCGCAGGUCCAGGUCAAUGUCUCCUCGUAGGUAUAGAUCAUUUUCACCCCGCAGAUCUCGGUCUGGUUCUCUAAGGAGAUCAAGAUCUAGGUCCAGAUCACGCUCAAGGUCCCGGUCUGUUGUAUGGCCUCGAAGCAGGUCUGGGUCCCAUGGUAGAUCUAAAUCUGGCUUACCUGCUAAAAGUCGCUCAAAGUCCAGAUCACCAUCUCCAAAGAGAAGUCACUCACCAUCAGGAAGCCCUUGAAGGGAGUGCAAGUCCUGAAAUGAAUGGAUUCAAAUUUAAAAAGUUUAAGAAGAAAAUUUAUUUUGUUUACAUUAUUAUAAGGGAUUUUGUGGUGUCUUUAUAAAUGUAAGGGCUUAGUCCUAGAAGGCUGUUUCUAUUGACUAACAAUUGGCAUGAAUCUGGAUCUUUUAAAAGUCUUAUUAGUAGACUAAUGCAAAACUUUUGUUGUGUUAAUGUUCUGUGACCUGGAAAUGUUGGGCUUUUUUUAUUGGCGCAUUGAAAUAAACUGUGCAUUUCUAAUGAAGAAAUAUUUUGUGAUAACCCUGCUGUUUCCGUUAAUAUUUGGGUAGCUGAAGCAGGUCACGUGCCACUACGGUGAAAAGCAAGAGGCAGGCUGUUACAGGCACUUUUAAAUUGAGCGUAGUGUGGCAGCCAGUCAAUGGCUGUCCUGCAAGUAUGUACCUGUUGUAGGCCUUCAUUCCUACAGAGCACUGAUUAGAGUGAAGAGUUACCAGUACCAGCUGUCAUUCUUACUGUUUGGUCUUGAAUGUUACAGUGAUCUGUACUUCGUGGUUUUAUUUGCACCUCCUCAAAGCUCAGUGAAGCUGAAAACCUGUCUGGAGGUGCUUAUGCACUUGAUGAUUUGACUUACAAAAAUGUCUACAAAGGGCAUUAACAGAUGGAAAAAACCAAGGAAUGUGUGAAUGCUGGUCUGUCUGUCCUGUUGAUUAAAGGGUGAGUGAACUUCUCACUUGAAGGUAUUUGGAAUACUUCUGGAAUGUAAACUAUUGAAGUAAAUAUUUUUAGAAACCUUG